AAACACUCUCAUCACCUCUCUGAUCUCUCACUCUAGAUAUAUUUCUCUCCCUUGAUACACAGAGAAGAGAAAAAGUUUCAACAAUAGCAAUAAUGGUGGUCGGUAGAACAUUGUUCUCAGUCUCACCAACUCUGAUCAUUGUUCUAACACUCUUUGUCCAUGUAAAUGCAGUCUUAGAAACAAAGGAGUUGAAACCUGAUCAGAGCUCAAGAAAUACAUCAAUGGCGGAUUAUGAAUGGCAUGAACACGCCGUUAAAGACCCGGAAGAAAUAGCAGCCAUGGUCGAUAUGAAGAUAAGAAACAGUACAGAGCGGAGGAGGUUAGGCUACUUCUCCUGCUCAACUGGAAACCCAAUCGACGAUUGUUGGCGUUGCGAUAAAAAAUGGCAUCGCCAGAGAAAGCGUUUGGCAAAUUGCGCGAUUGGAUUCGGACGUAACGCCGUGGGAGGCAGAGACGGACGUUUCUACGUAGUCACAGACCCAUCGGAUAACAAUCCGGUUAAACCUAAACCCGGUACGCUCCGGUAUGCUGUGAUACAAGACCGACCGCUAUGGAUCGUUUUCAAGCGCGACAUGGUCAUCACUCUAAGUCAAGAGCUCAUCAUGAACAGCUUCAAAACGAUCGAUGGUCGUGGCGUGAACGUGCACAUCGCUGGUGGAGCAUGCAUCACGAUUCAGUACGUGACCAACAUCAUUAUUCACGGGAUUAACAUUCAUGAUUGUAAGCGUACUGGUAACGCCAUGGUUAGAAGCUCCGAGACGCAUUAUGGUUGGAGAACGAUGGCUGAUGGUGAUGGGAUCUCGAUUUUUGGGUCGAGCCAUAUUUGGAUCGAUCAUAAUUCUCUGUCGAAUUGUGCUGAUGGAUUGAUCGAUGCGAUUAUGGGAUCUACUGCUAUUACCAUUUCCAAUAACUAUCUCACUCACCACAACGAGGCUAUUUUGUUGGGGCAUACCGAUUCCUACACCAGAGACAAAAUGAUGCAAGUGACCAUUGCAUAUAAUCAUUUUGGGGAGGGUCUUAUCCAGAGAAUGCCAAGGUGUAGGCAUGGAUACUUCCAUGUGGUAAACAACGAUUACACUCACUGGGAAAUGUAUGCAAUUGGUGGAAGUGCAAACCCUACCAUCAACAGUCAAGGAAAUCGGUUCCUUGCCCCGGGAAACCGGUUUGCUAAGGAGGUGACGAAGAGGGUAGGUGCAGGGAAAGGAGAAUGGAACCAGUGGAACUGGAGAUCACAAGGAGACUUAUUGCUCAAUGGUGCUUACUUCACUUCAUCUGGAGCUGGAGCUUCUUCAAGUUAUGCUAGAGCCUCUAGUUUGGCUGCUAAAUCAGCUUCCCUUGUAGAUAUGCUUACAUAUAGCUCUGGUGCCCUGAAAUGCAGGAUCGGUACACCUUGUUAAUCAUUUGUACAACUUUGGAACACACAGAAAAUAUAUGAAAUGGGAAAGAACGAAGAAAAAGAACUCGUUUUUCUUCGUUCCCAUUUUUUUGACUCCAGGUUGUAUUAUAGUACAUUGCUUUCUUCACCCACAAUAUAUUCUUCUAUAAGUAGAUUGCUUAAGCUCAGAAAAUUUACUACUUUUUAUAUGCUUUCAUUUAUUUUUGGACUUAUAGGAUUAAAUCAAAUCAGAUAGAAUGGUUUUGCAAUAGAACAAAUGGUCUCUAUCAAGUGAG